CUAUGGCAUUGCUAUCAUAUAGGUUCAAUAUAGUUUCAUAAAUGCAGAAAAAUCGUUGAUCAUUUACUCAAGUUUUAGAUUGACGAAUUGAAAAAGAGUGACGCGGGGACUGACGAAAAAUACCGCUGAAUUGUAAUUGAUGUAAUUGUUUGUUUAAUCAGAAAAGACCGUUCUACAUAACUACUUAGAUUAGAUUAUUAUAGGAAACAAUUUGAUAAAAUAAAGUUAUUUCGACUCUGAAUAUGCGUGUGUCUCAGAUAUUUUGGUAUUGGGCAAUAAUUAUCUUUCCGGAAAAUUAUUGGGCAAUAAGUUUUCAAUUACUGGGCAAUUGCCCAAUGGCCACCCCCCUGGCUACGCCACUGAAUCCCAUCAUUAAACGAAAAUUUCAUCAUUCACACAUUUCGGAUACUAUCAGUUUGCUACUUGUUAUUAGUUCAUCGGUAUCCUAUUAAAGGCACGAUGAUACGAAGAUCCCAAAAUUUAUAUAAAUGUUUUUUUUGGUUGUAGCAUGUUGCUCUGGCAAAUCGACGUUUCCACCAACUCGCAUGUUUUCGUCAUCGCAACAUGUAUUUCAUCAGAGAUGAUCAUUUAUCUCUUGGUCAGUUGUAAUAAGCAGUUUUCCUCGUCAGUAUGUAGAGCGCGAAAUUUCUUUGCUCCUUAUGGAAAUCAUGUAAGAAAGACAAAACGAAUGUUGUGCCCAACACAGCACCGAGAGGUGAAUGAUCAGCUCUGAUCAAUUACAUGUUGCGAUGACAAAAAUGUGCGAGUUGAUGGUAAUAUUGACUUGCCAGAGCAACAUAUUUAUUCAAGCUCCUUUGUAUAAAGAAAAUUCUCAAAUAAACCUAUAUGGCUUGGUGUAUUUGGAUAGUCUGAUAAUGAAAUAAAUACAAACACUUGAUGAUGAAAUUAGUGUGAUAAAGCAUAGGGUUCAAAAACGGAGAUUGACGUCUGUCGCUUUGAAUGGAACAUGGUUACCAUUUAGUAUCUUUGGUAUAAACGAUCAUUGAGUUAUGAUCCAAGUGAUCAUUCAUGAAUCGAAGUUCAAGUUUUCAUCUGAAUGUUUAAAAAAAAAGAAAGUUUAGUUAGUAUGAGAUAACUUAGAAUGUAUAGGUAUGAGAAAUGAAGAUGUCGAAGUAGACUAUAAGGAUUUCACAAAUCUAGGAAGUGCUACUGUAUGAAAAAACUUCUAUGAACUAUAUUAAUGCAAGGGGGAAACAGCGGACUUCAAGACUUCAAGACUUCAACAGACUUCACUCGCUGUGACUUCAUCUUUUCACAAGACUUCGAAAGACUUCUAAAGACUUCUGAAAACUUCAUAGGACUUCAAAUGACUUCGCAAGACUUCGUAUGACUUCAUGGGACUUCAAAAAACUUUGAAAGACUUCGUUAGACUUCACAGACUUCGUGAGACUUCAGGGACUUCAUGAGACUUCACGGAUUUCAUGAGACUUCAGAGACUUUGUAGGACUUCUUGAGACUUUAUAAGACUUCAUCAGACUUCAUAAGACUUCACAAGACUUUAUAAAACUUCACAAGACUUCACAAAACUUCACAAGACUUCAAAAGACUUCAGAAGACUUCACAAGACUUCAUAGGACUUCAAGAGGCAGAUUCCAUGCGUAUCAAAAAAUCUUAUACAAAUUACAUGAAACCUCUAUAACAUGCAAAAAAACAAAACUUAUCAAAUAGUAGGGGUGUCAUUUACCGUUUACUUUAUAAUAAAUAUAAAUUAUUUAUCAUUUAAUUUACGCGUAAAUUAAAUGGAAAGGAAAUAUAAAUUGACACCCUUAUUCAUAACAGAGUAACUAGUGUCUUCCGAGAACCACGAACGGGAAUGAUAUUGAAAAUUGAUUGCUCCCAAAAGUCUGUUUUGUGGAACUCACGUAUAUUUUCGAAGAAAAUAGUGAGUGUACGUUUUCAGUUCGAGGUUUGAUGACUCUCUCUCCCCCCCACCCCAUUAUAGACACUUAGCAACGGAGAAAUAGAACAUUACAGACAUACCCCCUCCCCCCUCCCCUCCCCCAUUACAGCCCUUAGCAACGAGGAUUAAAUAAUGGUGAAAAUAUUAUUUUAGCUGCAUUUAAUCGUGCAAAAGAACUAGUUAGUAAUUUGAAUAUAUUACCUUCAUUAAAGAAAUGCAAUGCUUGUGAAUUUAAUGGUUUAAGUAAAAAUAUAUUUGAUAGUAUUAGAUUCAACAUUAAUUCGGAUACUUAUUCGGAAACGGAUGCAGGUUCUUCAUCAAAUUCUGAAUCUGAUUAUGAUGAUGAAACAAUGGAAAGUAAUGAGUUUAAUAGUGAUCUAAUCAAUGUGGAUGAAGAAGAUAAAGAUGCGGCAACGACACAAAGUGUUGAUGAAAUUAAAACUGAGAAAAUAAAUUUUACUGGUAUGCGUAUAUUUGAUUAG